ACUAGAUAUUGAAUCCACGUUGUGUGACUUAUGCAGGGUACCAUUUCUCAUAUAAAAAACGUCAAUACAAUUCUGUGAGUAUCCAGGAUUUUAGAGUUUGUGUGUUUCCAUGGAUACAACUAAAUUCUUGGACAAAAAGGAGAGAGAGAAGCAGAUUUCUGUUGAUCCAAUUUCCCUACAAGAAUCAGGGAAUACGCAAUUAGUCAUGCCUCUUCCACUUCCACCAUCGAGUAAAUUCUUGAGCUACAGCCUCCCAAAUUCGGCUUCUUCGUCACCGCGAUUUCUCCCCAAGAAAAAACCUCGGAGAAAUCAAGGCCGACUGUCUCCUCUUUCUGUUAAUCCAUUGGCCAGGCAACAUUCCGUCGCAAUUAGUAAUCUAGAACGUCUACGUGAAAACUACUUGCGACGGAGUAAGUCGUGUAGCGAAAACCGGGCAUCGCAACAAUCGGAUGAGUUGGAUCUUUGGUUGACUAAAAUCAAUGGCAAUUACAAAACCGAUCCCAAAAUUGUCAAGAAUAACAUCGAUGAUACGAUAGAAGAUAAGUUCAGAUGUGGAGUUCUAUGUUUGUUCAUUCCAAGAUUUGGUAACAAGGGAAAACUAGUAAAAUCCAAAACGGAUCAAGAGGAACCGCAUAUAGUUUCCAAGAGAGUAUCCCUCGAGAAAUUCGAAUGUGGGUCAUGGACUUCAUCGGCGAUUCUCAACGACGAUGAUGGAGAUUCAUCGAAUUUUUUCUUUGAUUUGCCAAUGGAGCUAAUGAGAUGCAACACAAACGAUACAGAUUCGCCGAUGACAGCGGCUUUCUUGUUCGAUAAUGAUCGAAAAGGGGUUCUUAAAAACACUACAUCAUCAUCUAAAAUGCAACAUGGGAAAUCGCAUGAAUCCGCACGUCAUGUUCGUUAUUCUACAUCGUAUCCAGAUUCACCAACUUCUUGCAUUACUCCUCGGCUCGCAAAGGCAAGGGAGAAUUUCAAUGCAUUCUUGGAAGCACAAAGUGCAUGACAAGAAAUGAAUCUUAAUUUUGUAUUAAUGGCUAUUUCCUUUGUUAUUAAGAAAUGGUGCCCUAAAAGCACGAAGUUGUACUUCCAA